UUCCACCACUCGAGUUCAUGUGCUACAUUUAUCAUUCCAUAUAUAGUUCACAUAUAUAUCACACAUUUAUCUUUAGUGUGUGUGUGUGAGAGAGAGAGAGAGGAGAGAGAGAGAGAGAUGCAAAUUAUGGAGAAUGAAGAAGGUUUGGAGCCAAUGAGCCCAAGUGCUCAAUACUUGAAGAGCUCUGCCUUAUCACUCACAAUAUGUGGAGUUUUCGAAAUUGUAGAUGCAAUUGAUGAUUCAGUGACACUGCCUCUCCUCAAAGACGUUUUCUUGCCUAUAAACCCUCGUUUCUCCUCGAUUAUGGUUACUACCAAAAAAGGGGUAAAGAAAUGGAAAAAAGUGGAGGUGAAACUAGAAGACCACUUAGUCACCCCGACUUUCCCUAGUGGAAUGUCGGUGGACUACUACGACGAAUGUUUCAACGAAUAUUUGUCGAAAAUAGCGAUGGAAGAACUCCCGCUGCACCGGCCGCUAUGGGAAGUCCACAUAGUCAAAUACCCUACCAAGAACGCGGCGGGAAAUGUGAUCUUCAAGCUCCACCACUCGUUAGGCGACGGCUACUCCUUGAUGGGAGCCCUCCUCUCGUGCCUCGAGCGUGCGGACGAUCCGUCCGUGCCGCUGACGUUUCCGUCAGCAGGCACUAGAAUCCGUCGCAAAAGUUUUUUGCGACGGAUUCCUAGGUUUUUUACUGGCCUUGUUUAUACGGCUCAGGAUUUUGGGUGGAGCCUUUUUAAGAGCACCUUGAUUAAGGACGAUAAUUCGCCGAUUAGAUCGGGUGUUGAUGGGGUGGAAUUCCGGCCGAUCGCGACGACUACGACGACGAUUUCUAUUGAUCAACUCAAGCAAAUCAAGAGCAAGCUCAAUGUGACUAUUAAUGAUGUUGUUACUGGUGUGAUAAUGAUGGGGACUCGACUAUACAUGCAAAAAGUAGAUGAAGAAUCAAUUAAAUCAAACACAACAGCCUUAGUGUUGCUCAACACUAGGGCUAUUGGAGGGUACAAAUCAAUCGAUGAGAUGAUCAAACCUAGGUCGGAUUCGCCGUGGGGCAACCGGUUCGCCUUCUUACAAGUUCCUAUGCCUAAAUUGACUCGAGACGAGCUUCUUGACCCGCUCGGUUUUGUUAAGAGAGCUCACAAGAUCAUCAAGAGACAAAAAAAUUCAGCCGCAGUUUACCUAACUGGACAGCUUCUUCGUUUUAUUACAAUGGUCAAAGGUCAUGAGGCAACGGCUCGACAUAUCCACGCAACACUAAAGAACACGAGCAUGGCGAUUUCGAAUUUGAUCGGGCCUGUAGAACAAGUGGCGUUGGCCAAUCACACUUCUAAGGGAUUGUACUUCGUCGUUGCAGGGCCACCUCAGAGUCUAUCAAUUACAAUGGUUAGCUACAUGGGAAAGUUGAGGAUUGCAUUAACUGCUGAGAAAGGAUUCAUUGACCAAAACAAAUUGAAGUCAUGUAUUGAAUAUGCCUUGGAAGUUAUCAACAAAGCUGCCCUUGAAGCUUAGACUACAAUUAUAUCUAUUCAUACAUACAUGAAUACAUAUUUAUGUGUUAUAUUGUUUUAUUUGGUAUACAUUGGAAAUUUGGGGACAAAAUGGGAUAUGAUUCAAUUAAUAUUUAAUGUAAUUCUUCUUUGCAAUUGA